AGGCACCGCACACUCGUUAUCUGCACGGCGGCGUAUGGAAGCUCCCUCAAGAGAUCAUGCUUCGUAUAUUCUUGGCGACUAUUCCUUCCGACGACGACUACGAUCUUUCUGUGCGGGCUGGUCCCCGAACCGCGUGGACUCUUUCUGUCAGUACGCGAAAGGCGCUCACUUCCGUCUGCAAGGCCUGGUAUGGCGCCGCUUCCGAGGCCCUCUAUGCCGACAUCGCCCUCCGGCGUAUGGGACAAAUCAACGCACUCGCCCGCACUCUCCGUUCUUCCCGCGCCGUUUAUGCACCAGACCCAAGCGCAUUUAUAAAACGCAUCCGCAUAGCCGGGUGCACCGUGUCCUCCCGGUGUGCACGGGUCGCUAGGGCGGAUCUCACAUACAUCCUGGAAUCUUCCUCGAGGCUGAAGACCUUUGAGGAUCGCCCUGAUCCGCUCUUGGAAACGUUACGCGAAGACCCCCUCGAUGUCGAGAAGUGGUACAAUCCUGUAUGGUUUUGGGAUCACCUUCAAGGCACUCCCGGCGGCGCUUUGGCCGAACGUUGUGCUUCCGGGCUACAGCAUCUGGCGUUCGCGGAACUCAGAGACGAGGAGCACCUUAUAUAUAUCCACCACUUGCUUCUCGUAGAGACACACUUGGCGACUGUAACACUGGGGCCUCUCUGGAUCGAGGCUCCUACAGUCUUACCAACCUUGUCUCAGCAAACCCCCAUCAGCCUUCCCCAUCUCACCGACCUCCAGAUCCCUAGCGCCCUUUUGAACGUUGAACAGUACACCUCUGACAUCUGGCACCUUCCCAAUCUUCGCCAGCUAACUGUCCUCUCCUGCCACGAGAUCCCUCGAAACGCCCUGGACCUCUUCGGAAAGCGCCUGAAGUACCUCCACGUCGUCC